CUGGCAAUUUCAUUGUUCACACUUAUAACAGAUCUUAAUUUUCAUUCUCUGGCAAUUUCAUUUUUCUCCUUUAUAACAGAUCUUAAUUUUCAUCCUCUGGCAAUUUCAGUUUUCACCCUUAUAACAGAUCAUAAUUUUCAUUCUCUGGCAAUUUCAUUUUUCACUCUUAUAACAGGUCUUAAUUUUCAUUCUCUGGCAAUUUCAUUGUUCACACUUAUAACAGAUCUUCAUUUUCAUUCUUUGGCAAUUUUAUUGUUCACACUUAUAACAGAUCUUCAUUUUCAUUCUCUGGCAAUUUCAUUGUUCACACUUAUAACAGAUCUUCAUUUUCAUUCUCUGGCAAUUUCAUUGUUCACACUUAUAACAGAUCUUAAUUUUCAUUCUCUGGCAAUUUCAUUGUUCACACUUAUAACAGAUCAUAAUUUUCAUUCUCUGGCAAUUUCAUUUUUCACUCUUAUAACAGGUCUUAAUUUUCAUCCUCUGGCAAUUUCAGUUUUCACCCUUAUAACAGAUCUUCAUUUUCAUUCUUUGGCAAUUUUAUUUUUCACCCUUAUAACAGAUCAUAAUUUUCAUUCUCUGGCAAUUUCAGUUUUCACCCUUAUAACAUCUUAA